AUGGGUAACGGGCUCAGUAGCGCCAACAGCAAGCGGCGGAAGGAAACGGAAAACGCUGAAUCGUCCAGAGUACUCUUUCUACUUUACCUUAUACAUAGGACGUGGAAUGUGUUAGUGGAACAUGUCGAUUCGAAGAGCGCCAGAUGGCGUCGCUCCCAUUCGGCUCCGAGCUCCGAAGAACUGGGUCGUCGCUUCGACUCGGUAAGCUUCGACUCUGGCGGUUCCUGCUACUCCGACUGCAGCUGCAGCUAUUGCAGACUUCGGGAUUGUGCACAGGACUGUGUCAGGUGA